UGUUGUCUCACGAUAAGAACUCUCCAAUUCUCACAAAAACGAGUCGGUGAAACAGUAACACAAGAACCAAGCCUCAACUUGAUCUAACAGCAAAUUCAGUCUAAAUUAUACUCCCUAAGUACUUCUACAAAUUCUACAAUGCCUGAUCAUUUGGGCUCCGAUCAGAGGAAAGUAAAGGAUGACACUGAGGAGGAGGAAAAACCUAUCCAAUCCCUUGAUGAAGGAGAUAUUGCCCUGCUGAAAACAUAUGGCGUAGGACAGUACACAAAGGCCAUAAAGAGUGUGGAGGAAGACAUCCAAAAUGUGCUGAAGAGUGUCAACGAACUUGCGGGCAUCAAGGAAUCUGACACGGGCCUGGCCCCCCCGGCCUUGUGGGAUCUCGCCGCUGACAAGCAGACGCUACAAAGUGAGCAGCCUUUGCAAGUGGCCAGAUGUACCAAAAUCAUCAAUGCUGAUUCCGAUGAUCCGAAAUACAUCAUCAACGUGAAGCAGUUUGCCAAGUUUGUGGUGGAUCUCGGCGAGCAGGUGGCGCCCACAGACAUCGAGGAGGGAAUGAGAGUAGGUGUGGACAGGAACAAGUAUCAGAUUCACAUACCGUUGCCCCCCAAGAUCGACCCAACAGUGACCAUGAUGCAGGUGGAGGAGAAGCCAGACGUCACCUACAGCGAUGUUGGAGGCUGCAAGGAACAGAUCGACAAGCUGAGGGAGGUCGUAGAGACACCUCUGCUUCAUCCUGAGCGUUUUGUCAAUCUGGGAAUCGAACCCCCUAAAGGCGUCCUUCUCUUCGGGCCGCCCGGUACAGGGAAGACGCUGUGUGCUCGGGCUGUGGCCAACAGGACAGACGCCUGCUUCAUCAGAGUCAUCGGCUCCGAGCUGGUGCAGAAAUAUGUCGGAGAGGGAGCAAGGAUGGUGCGUGAACUGUUUGAAAUGGCGAGGGCCAAGAAAGCCUGUAUCAUCUUCUUUGAUGAGAUUGAUGCUGUCGGAGGGGCUCGGUUCGACGACGGUGCGGGCGGGGACAACGAGGUGCAGCGCACCAUGCUGGAGCUGAUCAACCAGCUGGAUGGCUUCGACCCGCGCGGGAACAUCAAGGUCCUCAUGGCCACCAACCGCCCCGACACGCUGGACCCCGCCCUCAUGAGGCCCGGCCGGCUGGACCGGAAGAUUGAGUUCGGACUCCCGGACCUGGAGGGUCGCACGCACAUUUUCAAGAUCCACGCACGUUCCAUGAGUGUGGAGAAAGACAUCCGUUAUGAAUUGCUAGCAAGAUUGUGCCCAAAUAGUACUGGAGCUGAGAUUCGCAGUGUGUGCACGGAGGCAGGCAUGUUCGCAAUCAGAGCCAGAAGGAAGAUGGCCACCGAGAAAGAUUUCCUAGAGGCGGUGAACAAAGUCAUCAAAGCAUACGCUAAGUUCAGCGCCACCCCACGCUACAUGACCUAUAAUUAGUGUCAUCCUCGUCGUUACAAGACUAGUUAUGUACUUUUUAGGGGAGAGUUGAGAUUGAAUAAAGUGAAAACUUUGAAUUUGUAUGGCUUAUAAAAGAUUGUCCCUUCUCCAUUUUUAAAAAAUUCACAAUUUUCUUUGGAACUAAAAGAUCUGUCUUUGAAAGUUCGUUAUGUAUUUAUUAAUUUGUCAUUAUCAACAUCUUUCUUCUGAGUAGGCCAGUGGUAUUUCUCUUGUAGGGAAGUAUUAACUCUGUGACAUUGUCGCAAUGGUUUGAUAGUCUAUUUAGGUGACGAAAAUGGUUCGAGUCUUACUUUAACUUUAACAUGCAUACAAAAUCUUUCUCCAACAACCUUGGGGACAUUUCUUUUCUGUUUCAAGGGAAUCGAAUGUAGGCUUUUCUGGAAGGCAGUUUUGUUUAUCAUAGAAUUGUGUUCUUGCGUACAAGUACAAGGGCCAAAGGAUUAUCAGUGAAUUAUUAUAAAUUGCAAACCAAAAAAAUUUCAACUUACUGCUGGCAACUGCCAGUUACAAGUUUUUUAUUUGACUUUUUCUGUUGCUUCUUUUACUAUUAGAAAUUUGCUUUGUUAAUGGGUGGAGUUACUUUUUACAAACAAGAUGUAUGAAGGGUUAAUCCGUUUGUUGGUUUGUUUGUACUUUUCCUUGUUUGUUUGUUUGAUAUGAACCAGGGAGAGAUGAUACCUUUGUGUGUGAGUGUGUAUGCAUGCAGUCGAUGAAUGUCAGGAGUGAAUGUUCUUAUUUGUAGGCGACUGUCUAUGUUUCUCAUGAUGUCAUCAUUAAUGGAAUAAAUCGUUGAAUUUAA